AUGGCUGAUACUCCAGUGGUCACGCUACUCAAGGAAUUGAUGGAAAUUCCAUCUAUUAGUGAAGAAGAGGAACAGAUUGGCCUGUUUCUUGAAAAUUACCUAAAGGAUCGAGGUUACACUGUUGAGCUCAUUCCCAUUGCACCAGGAUCGACUCGCCGCAAUGUGUACGCUUACAUGGGUAAGAAUCGCAAGGCUCGGACCAUGCUCACCUCGCACAUGGAUACGGUACCACCUCAUAUUCCAUUGAGCAUCAAAGGCGACAUCAUUUACGGCCGCGGCGCUUGCGAUGACAAAGGCCCGCUAGCAGCGCAAAUUAUUGCCCUGGAGGAAAUGAAGGCAGAAAACAAGGUCAAGGAUGGCGACGUCUCACUGCUCUUUGUUGUUGGCGAGGAGAAGGGCGGACCAGGAAUGCUCGCGGCAAACGACAUGGAUCUCACAUGGGAAACUGUUAUUUUUGGAGAGCCAACAGAGGGAACUCUAGCUACUGGACACAAGGGCCACUACGUUUUCGAGCUCUUUGCAAAAGACGAAUUGAAGUCUUUGGAACUACCGACGUCGGAACUCCUUGGUCCCACGACAUACCACUGCGGCAAGCUUCAGGGGGGCGUGGCUUAUAACGUUGUAGCUGCGGAUGCUUACGCGCUAUGUGGUGUUCGGGUCGCUGCCGAUCUCGAAAAGAUUGUGAAGCAAGUUGCAGGGGUUGUCAGCAAGUAUCCUGACGUCGAGUUGAAGAAGUCUUUUUCGUAUCCUGAGACAAAGCUCGACCAUGAAUUUGAAGGUAAGACAUUUAUUUGCCAGGCUUUCCCUGAGGGAAGCGCUUCAACCACAUACCUGCUAGCUAACACCAUGCUUUCUGACAGAGACAUGUCGUGGGAUGUGGACCCGGAGAUUUGUUGGGUCCCGAACCCAAAUAGGAAGGUCGGCAAGAAAGACGUCCCUAUCCUGGAGCGAGAUGAGGCUUUUGCCAUCACCGCUGACUUCGUAGCCGACAAGGAUGCGAGAAAAGUGAGCUUGGGAGCCGGGGUUUAUCGUGGAUAUGAACCGUACUUGAAUGUCGCGAGGGACCUUGUUUUGGGAGAUGAUGAAAACCUGUCCAGUCGUGUUGUAUCUGUUCAAACUAUCUCCGGCACAGGCGCUAACCAUCUCGGUGCUUUAUUCCUGGCUGAGCAAUUGAAACCUCGGAACGUCUUCAUCUCCGACCCGACAUGGGGUAAUCAUCAUCUUAUCUGGGAAGUCGCGGCCCCGAACGUGACACGGAAGAAAUACCCUUAUUACAAAGCAUCGACGCGGUCGCUGGACUUCGAGGGAAUGGUGUCGACUUUGGAGAACGAGACCGAGGAGGGCGACGUUGUCAUCUUGCAUGCAUGCGCUCACAAUCCCACAGGCAUUGAUCCCACACAAGAUCAAUGGCAGGAGUUGGCACAGCUCUUUCUGCGCAAGAAGCUGUUUGCUUUCUUCGACUCGGCUUACCAAGGCUUCGCGACCGGUGACGUGGACGCUGAUGCAUGGGCAAUUCGUUUCUUCCAUAAGACACUCUUCGGAAGUACUAAUGCUUCUCCAUUGGUUCAUCACCCUGGUCCAGCCGGUAUGUGUAUCGCCCAGUCAUUUGCGAAGAAUUUCGGACUUUAUGGCGAGAGAGUAGGUGCAUUCCAUCUCGUCCUCUCUGCGCAGGCAACUGCUGCGGGGGCACAAAGCCAAUUAUAUCGCCUCAUCAGAGCAGAGAUCUCGAAUUGUCCUCUCUUUGGCUGCCGCAUAGUUCAUACUGUGCUUUCCAACCCAGAACUCACCAAAGCGUGGAAGAGAGACUUGAAGACCAUGUCCAACCGUAUCAAGAGCGUCCGAGGGAAAUUACGGGAGCAAAUCGAAAAGCACAAUGAUGUUGGGGACUGGAGCCAUCUUGAGUCACAGAUUGGCAUGUUUAGCUUCACAGGCCUGACCGAGCUACACAUCCAGAGACUCAGGGAUGUUCAUCACAUCUAUUUGAUGCGCAAUGGACGGGCCAGUUUGAGUGGUGUCAACGAUGGCAACGUUGAAUAUGUGGCGGAUUCAAUUGCUGAGGCUAUUCAGGCUUUCAGGGUUCCAUCGUGA